AUGGGGAAGAGGAAGAAAUGCAAACUGCGGGACAUCAUGGAAGAUGUUGGAAUAGAGAUCGACGGACAAGUCGAGAGUGACUCAGAGAGUGAAGAAGAUGAAGUAAAGGACAAGAGAUCCAAGAAACAGACCCGCAGGGAAAUAGUCAGAGCAAACAGACUCGAAAGGAAAAAGUCACAGAAAAACGAAGAAGAAAAUGAGAGCAAAGAGGAAGAUGAUUGUCCUCAACAAAGCAGAGCUUCUAGGAGGAAAAAUCACCGAAUGAAAAGAAAUGAUGGGAAAAAGGAAGGCGAGGGAAGAGAGAGAGACAAAAGGGCUUCUUCCAAAGAUGAAAAGGAGUCAGAAAAUAAGGAAAAGAAAACAAACACAAAAGGAAAAGAGGAAGAGAACAAACAGAAGAAAGGCAGGAAAAACAGUGCCUCUUCCAACUCUUCCAACUCAUCCGAUGAGGAAUCGCUGUCAGAGGAAGAGCUUGCAAUGCUGAUGGAGGAGGUGGAGCAAAAGAAAAAACUCAUCUCCACCAUGAGAAACAAGCCCUGGCGAAUGAUGAAGAAGCUCUCUGUGCUCAGGGAGGCACAAGCUUUCGUUGAAAAGUUUGAGGGAGCCCUGGGAAAAGGGAAAGGCAAAAAGUUGUAUGCAUAUAAGAUGAUGAUGGCAAAGAAAUGGGUGAAAUUUAAGAGAGACUUUGACAACUUUAAAACCCAGUGCAUACCCUGGGAGAUGAAGAUAAAGGAAGUAGAGAGUCACUUUGGUUCCUCUGUUGCUUCCUAUUUCAUAUUUCUGCGAUGGAUGUACGGUGUAAAUCUUGUCCUUUUUGGAUUAAUAUUUGGACUGGUUAUAAUUCCAGAGGUCCUGAUGGGAAUGCCAUAUGGGAGCAUGCCAAGAAAAACUGUACCUCGGGCUGAACAAGCAACAGCUAUGGAUUUUUCUGUUCUUUGGGACUUUGAGGGGUACAUCAAAUACUCAGCGCUCUUUUACGGCUACUACAACAACCAGCGGACAAUUGGCUGGUUAAAAUACAGGCUGCCAAUGGCAUAUUUCAUGGUUGGGAUCAGCGUGUUUGGCUACAGCCUGAUGGUUGUUAUAAGAUCGAUGGCACGAAAUGCUAAUGAAAGCACAGCAGAUGGGGACGAUGACAACUUCGUUUUCAGCUGGAAAAUGUUCACGAGCUGGGACUACCUCAUUGGCAACCCAGAGACAGCAGACAACAAGUUUGCAUCCAUCACCACCAGCUUCAAGGAAUCUAUUGUGGAUGAGCAAGAAAGCAACAAGGAUGAGAACAUCCAUCUGAGGAGGUUCCUGCGGGUCCUGGCCAACGUCCUCAUCAUAUGCUGCUUGUGUGGCAGCGGCUACCUCAUUUAUUUUGUGGUGAAACGCUCCCAGACGUUUUCAAAAAUGCAGAAUGCUGGAUGGUAUGAAAGAAAUGAGGUUGAAAUUGUGAUGUCCUUGCUGGGUAUGUUUUGCCCUCCGCUGUUUGAAACUAUUGCCACACUCGAAAACUACCAUCCACGCAUCGGUCUGAAGUGGCAGCUGGGGCGCAUCUUUGCCCUUUUCCUGGGAAACCUCUACACAUUCCUCCUGGCCUUGAUGGAUGACGUCAACGAAAAACUGGCUGAAGAGGACGUUGUGAAGAACAUCACACGCUGGACACUGUUUGGCCACUAUAACUCAUCCAUGGAGAACAGCACAGCUACCCCUCCUCCCCUCGACCCUGCAGACGUGCCCAGGGGACCCUGCUGGGAGACAACUGUUGGCAUUGAGAUUGUAAGGCUCACCGUGUCUGAUAUCCUGGUGACCUUCGUAACCAUCCUGGUGGGAGAUUUCGUCCGAGCUUGCUUUGUGAGAUUCAUGAAUUACUGUUGGUGCUGGGACCUAGAGGCUGGAUUUCCUUCCUAUGCAGAGUUUGACAUCAGUGGCAAUGUUUUGGGUUUGGUCUUCAACCAAGGAAUGAUUUGGAUGGGAUCCUUUUAUGCACCAGGGCUCGUGGGUAUAAACGUGCUGCGCUUAUUAACCUCCAUGUAUUUUCAGUGCUGGGCUGUCAUGAGUAGCAAUGUUCCUCAUGCACGAGUAUUCAAAGCAUCCAAGUCUAACAACUUUUACAUGGGACUGCUGCUGUUGAUCCUGUUCCUCAGCCUCCUUCCCGUGGCCUACACCAUCAUGUCCCUGCCUCCUUCCUUUGACUGCGGACCAUUCAGUGGAAAGAAAAGGAUGUAUGAUGUCAUUCAAGAGACCAUCGAGCUUGAUUUCCCACUUUUUGUUGCCAAGAUCUUCGGCUAUGUGGCAAAUCCAGGACUAAUCAUUCCUGCAAUUCUGCUCAUGGUCCUCGCUAUCUAUUAUCUGAAUGCUGUGUCUGAAGCAUACCAGCGCGCCAACGCAGAGUUGAAGAAGAAAAUGCAGCUGCAACGUGAAGAAGAGAAAAACAAGAGGAACAACAAAGCCAGCACUAAUUCCAUGAUGCAAGAUCUGGAGGAUUUACUUGCGCCAAGUACAAAGAGUGAAAGCUCUCCCAAACAAGCAGAAGACAAGAAAACAGAUUCUCCCAGUCAAGCCAGCCCUGUUGGGAAACAAGAAAAAGCAGAAGCCCUGAACAGCAGCCCCAUAACCGCUGGGAGAAGAGCAGCAUUCAUCCCACCACCACACGUACUGGUGACACGGCCGCUGACACCAGGCACUUGGGCACCGUACCCUCAGCCAAGACAGCCCUGGCCAGGAGGACGCCCAAUGGGGCCAUUCCCUGGAAGAGGGAGAGGACAGCCACGAUACGUACACCCUGUCUGA